GUUAUCUGCGGGUCUUCUUCCAUUAAAAUUUCAAAACAUCUGAACUUUAUACAUCUGCUAUAUUAAGAACCUUUGAACAAAAUUCCCCAGUUCAGCAGAAGAGGACUGGAUAUGGCUACGUCCUCUACCACAACGACGUCGUCCGGCGCCGGCAGAAACGGCAAAGAUGCGUCCGCCAAGGCCGUGGUGGCCGAUCAGAUCACCCAGUCCGUACAGUCCACCUCCAAUCUCCUUCACCUGAUGCUUCAGUCUUCCCCUUCGCAGGCCAAACUGCGGAAACUCCCAAAGAGUCUUUUGGCUAAGACCUCUACAAUAAAAAAUACAUCAUUAGUAUUGGAGCAGUUGCCUCGGAUAAUUUCAUCAUUGGAUGCACAUAUGGAUGAAGGACUUCAAUGUGUUCCUCAGCUUGAAACUGUAAUCCAGCUACUCUCAAAUAUUGAGAACUCCAAAGUUAAGUCUUUGUCCAGUGCUCAGCUUCCCCCCUAAGAGGAGUAGUAGUACAACCCUACAGAAAGAAGGCCAGAUCCAAGAUUUGGAGUCUGUGCAACUUUGGUGAACUUGGAUGAAAAUGUCUGUGAAAGAGAGAGAGAUAGUGAACUUGGAUGAAAAUAUGUAUCUUUGACUCAAUGUUAAAAAGGAAGAUGCAUGGUAAUGUGGUAUGUCUUUGGGAAUUGGAUGAGUUAUUUAAAUUUGACUUGGGUGUAAAUUAGGAGGUGUUUGGUUUUAACGUGGGAUACGUAAGCUAAGGUGUACACCAACCGAAAUUGUUAAUUUUAGAGAUUAUAUGAUAACCUAUCAAUAUUAAAAGUUGAUAGUAUUCGAGUGAAAAGUGAUAUUGGAAAAGUAAAAGUUAGUGUUUGGAGAAGGUGGUAUAAAACACUUAAAC